AACACACACACACUCGCGCUCCUUGCGCAGAAGGAGUCGGACAUCUACUGGAAAGACUACUGGGAUUUCAAUAACAAAUCGACGAUAACAGGGAACCGACCUGUUCUUCCGUAUUGUUCUACUUCUGUGGAAGUCUGAUUAAAAAUAUCAUCGGGUUUUUGCUUUAAGCGUAUUUGGAUAACGCUUGAGGCCCACAGAGUUGCAGCAAUGAGUCAGUGGUUGGAGCUACAACAACUGGAUUCGAAGUAUUUGGAACAGGUCGACCAAUUGUACGAUGACAACUUUCCGAUGGCCAUCCGGCAGUACCUCAGCAGCUGGAUAGAAAGUCACGACUGGGACCACGUUGCAAAUGUGGAGAAUGAGUCUCUGGCCACCGUGAGGUUUCAUGAUCUUUUGACCCAGUUGGAUCACCAACACAGCCGCUUUGCGAUGGAGAAAGACUUCCUGAACCAGCACAACAUCCGCAAGAUCAAGAGGAACUUGCAGAGCCUCUUCCAAGACAAUCCUGUUACCAUGGCAAUGAUCAUCAGUAGGAACCUCAGCGAGGAAAGGAAGAUUCUGGCUGCUGCCCAACAGUCAGAAAGUCGAACCGAAAACACCCAAAACAACAUGAUCGUGGAGAAACAUCGAGAAAUGGAUGGAAGGGUGAAGGACGUAAAGAUGAAAGUACAGGAAACAGAGCAAACUAUCAAAAAUCUAGAAGACCUGCAAGACGAAUACGACUUCAAGAGCAAAACUCUACAAAGCAGAGAGGAACUGAACGGCACCAUUUCAAAGGAAGACCUGAACCGGGAGAGACUGACUAUCCGUGCCAUGUUUAUGAAACUCAACGAAACAAGAGUGAGUGCGAUCACUCAGAUGUCAGACGUGUUGAACAUUAUGGAUCCGUUGAUCUUGGAGCUAAUCUCAACAGAAUUGUCCGAAUGGAAGCGCCGUCAACAGAUGUUUUGCAUCGGUGGACUUACUAAUGUCUGCUUGGACCAGCUGCAGAACUGGUUUACUUCACUAGGAGAAUCUCUGCUUCAGCUCAGGCAGCAGCUCAAGAAGCUUCUGGAGCUGGAGCAGAAAUUCACAUACGAGAGCGAUCCCAUCACCCUCAUCAAAACCACUCUGGAAGACAGGAUCAUGUCCAACUUCAAAACCCUCAUUACAAACUCUCUGGUCGUGGAGCGACAGCCGUGCAUGCCGACACAACUACAAAGACCUUUGGUGCUCAAAACGGGCGUUCUGUUUACCCUCAAAUUACGGCUGCUCAUAAAACUUCAAGAAUUCAACCACACUGUUCGGGUGAAGGUGCAAUUUGAUAAGGACAUCGUUGAGAAACGGAAAGGGUUUCGCAUGUUUAACAUCUUGGGAACGGCUAUGAAGGUGAUGAACAUGGAGGAAUCCAAUGGGAUGGCAGCAGAAUUCCGUCAUCUGCAACUGAAAGAGAAGAAAGUUACCGGAAACAGAACAAGUGAGGGUCCUCUGAUCGUCACCGAAGAACUUCACUCCAUCACCUUUGAGGCUGAGCUCUGCUGGUCUGGAAUGGUCUUGAACUUUGAGACCUCGUCUCUGCCUAUAGUCGUGAUCUCCAACGUCAGUCAGCUGCCCAGUGGAUGGGCCUCCAUCAUGUGGUACAACAUGUUGACCUCUGAGCCAAAGAACCUUUCGUUCUUCGUGACUCCUCCUGCAGCCACGUGGGGGCAUCUAUCGGAGAUGCUGAGCUGGCAGUUCUCCUCCAUCACCAAACGAGGUCUUAAUCAAGAACAGUUAAACAUGCUGGGCUCUAAACUCCUCGGUCCUAAAUCGGUGAUGGAUCCUGAAGCUCAGAUUCCUUGGAACAGAUUCUGCAAGUCUGGCAGUGAGAAGAACUUCACCUUCUGGCUGUGGAUUGAAGGCAUUUUGGACCUAAUAAAGAGACACCUGCUGAGUCUGUGGGACGACGGCUGCAUAAUGGGCUUUGUGACCAAGGACCGAACUAAAGCUUUGCUCCACGACAAACUUCCCGGGACGUUUCUGUUGCGCUUCAGCGAGAGCAACCGAGACGGAGCCAUAACGUUCAGCUGGGUCGAACACGACGCAAACUACGAGCCGCAGAUUCGCUCCGUGGAGCCCUACACGAAGAAGGAACUCUCUGCCGUGUCACUUCCCGACAUCAUUCGCAACUAUCGCGUCAUGGCUGCCGACAACAUCCCGGAAAACCCUCUGCGCUUCCUGUUUCCCAAUAUACCCAAAGACGACGCUUUCAGAAAAUACUACUCCAAACCUACCGACAAGCAAGAACCAAUGGAUGUGGAUAAGAAGUUACACGAGGGAUACAUCAGCACCACUCUCAUCUCCAUCUCUGAAGUGGAAACACAAGAAUACAACGACACACUCAUGCCGAUGUCACCUGAGGUUUACGGCGAGCUGGAGCGCAUGAACCGAUAUGUUACCGAUAAGUUAACUUUUGAGCCCUCAGACCUGAGUUACAAUUAAGUGACCUGAAAGGACAGUUAAUGCAGAAAAAGUAGACACGUUUCCUUUAUUCUGUGUUUUUUUGGAAAUAACGCAAAUGAAAGAGGAACAUCUAGUUGAGGUAUAGCCAUUGUGUUUGGUAGUCCUCUCUUUUUCAUUGUAACGUUAUUAGAAAAACACUGUACACUGUCAACUAUAGUAUAAAGACAACCAAAUGGAUCGAAUUAACCCCAAUAGUAACGCUACUGUUACCUCAGCACUUAUUCUCAAAAACCUUUUAGACAAUGAAGUUGUAGCACUUCGUUGAGUAUAGCACUUCAUUUUCUGUCAAGUAACAGAGGAGAAAGUGAAUGAAAAAGCUAGAUAGAUGAAUUUCACACCAACUUAUUUUCUGUAACGAAAAAUAAACCUAGUUUUAAGACUGUUAAGAUUUUCUUUACUGUACUGCAAACAUUUAAUAUAAAUGAACUAUUGUAAUUUUAAAACAUUUAUAUAUAACAGCAGUACAUGUCGUAGUGGCUUCUCUUUUUUAAAUUCAAAUCUGAUUAUUGUAGUAAAAUCACUGAAAAUCAUGGGAAUGAACAACAAAACAUCCAAGCACGGAAACGUGCUGGACUGUCAAGAAAAAGUCAUAACGCCAAAACAAAAUGGUCCUACAAUAGGUUUUUUCGUUGAGCAAGUUUAAGAUUUGAAGUUUGAGUUUCUUCUGUUUGGUUUUGGGGAAAAAUAAUAAUAAUAAAAAAAGAAAACCCAAAGUUUCAUCCAGAAAGAAUUAAGAAAUGCAGGAGUUCAGGUCUCUUUAAACCUUUUAAGCUUGGAGGUGAAUAUGUGAAAAAAAAAAAAAAAAAAAAAAAAGAGAUGUUUUCUUUAAAAUUUUUCUGUAACUUACAGGUGCUCUGUUAGUAUUAUUUUCACUUCAUGUUGUCGUUUCUGCCGUUAUUGCACUGGAUUAUACUGCUGUUUAUUUGUUUUUGUCUUGUUUGUUUUGGACAUGAUCGAAAGUAAUUACUAUGGAAAUCCAUCUAGUUUGAUAAGCCAUAAAUAUUUGCACCUUAAAAACUUUCGGAGCAGGCCAGUGUGCAUUGGCAAAAAAACAGACGGUAAAACGACGGAAAAAUAAUAAUAAUAAUAUUUUAGAUAAAAAUAUCUAUUGAAUGGAUGCAUGUAAAAAAUGAAUAUCAAAAGCUAUGUUCAAAGACUUUAUUGUUUUUAUCUAGUAUUUCUUGUGUGAAAUAUAUUCAGUAGUACUGACAUAAAAUUUGAACAAAUCUACAGUAUAGCAUAGUUAAAUAAUAAAAGCAAAUUAAAGGAAAUUUCACAACGAUGCAAUACAUUCAUAGCAGUAAUAAACAAAUACAGGGAAAUAAAUCGUAACAGUUUUCUCCGCAAAAACAAUAAUUCGACUACAAGGAAUCGAACGAAGUUGAAUCCGUGACUUAUUUUUGUACUGUCGAGUCAUUUGGUUACAUUGCUUGGUUUUUUUUCCCAAUAAAUAGCAAUGAACAUCCACACGCACGUUACAAAACACACAUUCACAAUACGUCAACAAUAAUGUCCCACUAGAAAAUAUACACCAAUUUGAGUGACCCAGCUUUGGAGGUUUUUCAAGUAUACGCCGUCUUCUGUACUGUACAUUAGAACAAUCGUUGUGCUUUUCCGCAUACAACAUGUGCUUACAGACAUGAAACCAUUAGCUUCUGAAGGGACUUCCCAAAGUUACAUAACUGAUGGGACAAGUCUAGACUGCAUCUUGACCAUAGCAGUCAGCGUAAAUUUCCAGUGCAUUUUUGUUUGUUUAUUUUCAGCUUUCAAUCUUACUUGUCAUUUCACCAUGUACUAUAAAUAAAACUGAAAAUUGGACCUCA